AUGGCUAUUCAAGUUUCAUCCCAUAGCUUCACCGGGAAUCAAUGCCUUCAUGAUGACAAGAGGCUUGGUAAAGGGGAAGAGAUCUCACCUACGCUUCUUAGAGCCAUUGAGAGAUCAAGAAUUUCCAUUAUUGUGUUCUCUAAGAACUAUGCUACUUCCACAUGGUGCCUAGAGGAACUCGCCCAUAUCAUUUGGUGUCAGAAGCAGAAGAACCAGCUGGUUAUGCCCAUCUUUUACAAGGUGGAUCCGUUGGAUGUUCAGUAUCAGAGAAAUAGCUUUGAAACAGCCAUGGCUGCUCUUGAAGAUAGGUUCAGAGAUGACUUGGGGAAAGCGCGGAAAUGGAGGUUUGCUUUGUCUGAAGCAGCUUCUUUGUCAAAGGCCUGGAUUUUUGAAGAUGGGUACGAAAUUAGGUUUAUGGAAAUGAUUGUUAAUGAUGCAUAUGCUAUGCUGCCUCCGAAAAAAUUACAUAACAUUGGGUACAUGGUUGGACUUGAGCCUCGAGUGGAAGAAGUGAUCUCACUUUUGAAUCAAUCCGAUGAGAGAGUUUGUAUGUUGGGGAUUCAUGGAAUUGGUGGACUUGGCAAAACAACCCUUGCAAAAUCAGUCUAUAAUUCAAUCUUCUACCAAUUUGAGGGUGCAUGUUUUUUAUUUGAUGUUCAAGAAGCAUCAAAGAAAUAUCUAGGCAUGGUUCGCCUCUAACAAAAACUUCUAUCAGAGAUUCUUGAGGAGAAGACUAUGAUGAUUGGGAGUGUUGAUCAAGGAAUAUCAAGAAUAAAACAUAGACUUUCUCACAAAAAGGUUCUUUUGGUUCUUGAUGACGUUGAUGAGGUUGAACAGUUAGAAAAACUC